AUGGUGUCCAUCGGUGGUGGCUAUAAGUGGUGGUCAUCGGUGGCCAAUCACCAGCGCCUGCCAUACCUUAACGGCGUUCACCAGACAUUUGAAGAGCCAGUGCUUGGAGUAGACGGUGUCGCCGAUGGUGUCCGUGCUGUCCAUGUGGUCAUCGGCGGUGUCAUCGAUGCCGAUGUGACACAACUGGUCACUCAAGUGGUCACUCAUUGUCUCCUCAAUACAAAACAAGAGUCGCGAACAACCAGUCAUUACACGUGCGAUGGGAAGUCAUAUUUCAAGAAAAUCAGUCGAACUGAAGUGGAGCGCCGGGAUCUCAUUGAGUGUAAUAUGGUUUAUCAAAGUCCUGUUAAUUAUACGGCGAUCGCAUCGGCAGACAAUUUUGCGGACAUUCAGCUCAAAAUCAGUCGAACUGAAGUGGAGCGCCGGGAUCUCAUUGAGUGUAAUAUGGUUUAUCAAAGUCCUGUUAAUUAUACGGCGAUCGCAUCGGCAGACAAUUUUGCGGACAUUCAGCUCAAAGUAAUCGAUUCACACUUUGCCUUAAGAGAUGUUAAUGGUACAGAAUUAUACAGCAAUGUGGGUGUAGUGGUGAAUGAACCCUGUUUAGGGGCAAUCAUCUAUAUAUACGGUUAUGGUAAAGUAACCCGGGGCUCGUGUACAGGCAAAACAGGGGUAACUGAAGUGAGUGUUAUUAAGGACGGCCUGUUUUCCAUACGCGGGACGUGCGACUCCACGUGCUGGGGCUCUGUUAAUACGGUUUAUAACCCGGAACCGGCCGGUACUGAAACAAUGGAGGGCUAUAUGAGGACAAGACUCAUGAGUCUAUACGUAUGCGAUAAGGACUCGUACUUUCGAAAAGUCAACCGAACGGCACAGGGAUUCACGGACUUCAAGUGCAAUGAUAUAGCGCUGGAUACUAAUUACUACACUAUUGUCGGAUUCAAAGCCAAAACCAAUGAGGAGAUCAAUUUGGAUGUCAUCGAUGCCUACUAUGCGCUCCGGGAUAUUAACGGUAACGAAGAUUACAGUAAUUUUGGGACAAUAGUGAGCGGUGUCUGUAAGGGAGGGCUCGUUGUAAUCAAAGACAUAUCGUUAGCAACGGAGGGCGCGUGCGAUGCCAAUGGAGGUGUUACACGCGUACAGUCAGGACCCAGGGAUGCCUUACUGGCCAUCAGAGGUGUGUGCAAUUCAACCUGCUCUGGAAAGGUAGUAGUGGACUACCGACCCGGCAAAAGGCAUUGA